AAGUGAGAAUUGGCUACACCCUCUUCUCUCCAAUUUUUUCUUUUCUCUCUAUCAACUAAAUCUAGCCACUGGUGCAAAAUGACAACAUCAGAGGGGCCAUGAUGCGAAUGCAUUAUUCACACACAUUGGUUUUUCAAAGAUUCCAAGGGGUGCAUCUGCUGGCAUGGGUCAAUUCUGAGUCAGAUGCUUUGACAGAUUGUAAUUUACUAUCCUACUUCAUUUUCUUAAAUGAAAACAGAAGAUAGGACGACAGAAAUUGUAUUAAAUCACAAAAGUACAGUUCAAUUAUUUAAACAAGUAAGGAAUGUAAAAUUGAGGCCAGAAAAGGGGGGGGGGACUAGAACUCAAAAAAUUCUUUCAAUCAAACCUGACCAAAAUAUAAUUCUCUAAAUGAAGAUCUCUACCCCACAAAAAUUUUUUGCAAGGUAUAAUGGCUGUGCGUGUGUGUGAACAAAGUACCCAUUGUUGCUUACGAGAAGGCAUAUCAAUGGGGUUGGUGUGGGAAUUGGUGAAAAGACUAGCGCUUGUGCAGAUAUUGUUGCUUCCUCUGCUCUCUUCAAAUGAUCAGAAAGUCAUGACAGUUGUUUGCUUUGAUCAUUCUUCUCACAAUUUCCCCACCGACUUUCUCUUUGGCACUGCUUCUUCUUCUUACCAGUAUGAGGGAGCGUACUUGAGUGACGGCAAAGGACUCGGCAACUGGGAUGUUUUCUCUCACAUUCCAGGUAAAAUAAUUGAUGCCAGUAAUGGGGACAUUGCGGUUGACCAUUAUCAUCGCUACCUGGAAGAUAUUGAGCUGAUGGAUGCCAUCAAAGUCAACAGCUAUCGAUUCUCUCUCUCUUGGGCAAGAAUUUUACCAAAAGGGAAAUUCGGAGAGGUCAACUUGGCUGGCAUCGACUUCUACAACAGACUAAUAGAUGCUCUUCUGCUCAAAGGAAUCCAACCCUUUGUGACUCUGACUCACUUUGACAUGCCUCAAGAGCUCGAGGAUAAGUAUGGAGGUUGGCUUAGUCCCCAAUCACAGGAAGAUUUUGCAUUUUAUGCAGAACUUUGUUUUAAAUGGUUCGGAGAGAGAGUAACGCACUGGACUACCUUCAAUGAGCCAAAUCUGCUAGUUUCAUUCAGUUACCGCACUGGAAAUUUCCCGCCAAGCAGAUGCUCUAAACCAUUUGGAGAUUGCAUUGAAGGAGACUCCGAAUCUGAGCCCUUCAUAGCAGCCCAUAACAUUAUCCUCUCCCAUGCUGCUGCGGUUGAUAUCUAUAAAACCAAGUACCAGAGAGAGCAAAAGGGGAGAAUUGGCAUAGUCUUAAAAGCUGCGUGGUAUGAACCUGUCAGCAAUUCUACAACAGACAUAAUGGCUAGUCAAAGAGCACUAUCAUUCACUUUUAAUUGGUUCUUGGACCCAAUCGUCUUCGGAAAGUACCCUUCUGAGAUGGAGAAGAUUCUAGGGGCAAUUUUGCCCAAAUUUUCCAGCAUUGAAAUGGUGAAACUCCAAAGAGGGUUGGAUUACAUAGGCAUCAAUUACUAUACCAGUUACUAUGUCCAAGACUGCAUUUCCUCAGCAUGUGAACCUGGAGAAGGGAUCACCAGAACAGAGGGUUUGUACCGAAAAAGUACAGAGAAAAAUGGCGUGCCCAUUGGCGAACCUACCACAAUUGGUUGGUGUGUUUACCCAAGAGGCAUGGAAAAAGUGAUCACACAUGUAAAAGACAGAUACAACAAUAUUCCAAUGUUCAUUACAGAAAAUGGGUAUGGUGAGACGGAUCAUCCAAAUUCCACCUUGGAAGAACAUAUUAAUGACGUUAAAAGAAUGAAGUACAUGGAAGAUCACUUGAAUGCCCUUGUAUCAGCUACAAGGAAAGGAGCAGACGUGAGGGGAUACUUUGCCUGGUCCCUCCUUGACAACUUUCAGUGGGAAUAUGGAUAUACAAGAAGAUUCGGGCUAUACCAUAUUGAUUUUUCUACUCUAAAGAGAACUCAAAAACUAUCAGCAAGUUGGUAUAAGCAGUUUAUUACAAAGUAUAAAAGAGAGGCUUUUAGGCCCGAACAUGACAGGGAGGAGGGAAACCGGUACAAACAAUUCAGGACAAGCGCCAAAGUUAAAUCGUUUGUACCAAAGCCCAAUCAGCUUCGCUUCAAUAAUAUGUGACUUUUGCUCGAUGCCUUCAUCUCCGAGCAGAAUGUGUAAAUUUAAUUUUCUCUUCGUAAACUAGUAUUUAAAUUCAGGAAUCACCUAUGUCUGGCUCAUCUGUUCAAUUUACUUCUGAAGGAAUGCAUGCUACAAGGUACAGAAGCAUAUGAUACUGCACUUGACAGCCUAUAA